AUGCACACCACCAUCACGACUAAGUUGGAGUCCAUGCUUAUUACCCAACCGUCAGUAAUGUGGACUCACGGCAGGUUAUGGCUCCAAGCAGAGUCUCUCUGCUGUUUUCUCGCAUCGCUAUUUCCUAAAGUGUUUGUCGUGACGCUAUCUACAUGGGCCCUCUACGUGUUCGUGACACUGGUAGAGUCUGGGUUCCACAGCCAAUUUGCCAGAUUGUUCUUACAGAUAUUCAUGUUGCUGCUCUACAUCUUGACCAUCUAUACAUACUUUAAGGUGAUAAUUGUCGGGCCAGGCUCGCCGGUCGAUUUCCCUGAGCUUAAAAUCGGAUCCACAGUUGUUCCCAAUAAUCCAUACGAACUGGUCACCAGCGAAUCUGCCACUCCGUCGGUGUUGUCUAGCCAGAUUGUCUCCGAACUCGAUUCCGGCCAUUCACGCAACUCCAGCCAUUCUCAUGUUUCGAGUUCGUCUCAUACAUCGAGAACUUCUCAUGACAUGAACUCAGAUUCGGCAAGAUUGCUAAAUACUGGAUACUCCAGCACCACCACUCACAGAAGUCCUCCUGCCGAGAUCUUCACCAGCCAUUCAUUCAAGAAUAAUGCCCCCGCAUAUAGAUGGUGUUCCACAUGCCAAGUGUGGAAACCUGACCGCUGCCACCACUGUUCGACGUGCAACAAGUGCUUCUUGCGGAUGGAUCACCAUUGUCCUUGGUUUGCAUGCUGUAUCGGGUUCUACAACCAAAAAUUCUUCGUUCAGGUGCUCGUAUACAUCACUGUGUUCUGCUUGGUGGCCACGAUUGUAUCGUUUUCCAUCUUGUAUCAAUUUUUCGUGGACGAGCAAUGGGAGAGCAACCAUUAUCUCUCGCUUAACUUGGUGUUUUUGUUUGUUGUAUCGUUGGCAUUUUCUUUCGCCAUGGUUCUCUUUACUGGGUUUUCCAUCUAUAUGCUUUUCCGCAACACAACCACAAUCGAGUUCCAAGAUAAUCGAUGGGGAUACCUGGAACACAAGACGGGACAGUAUGAGUUCGACUCCAACGGCAAGAAGCAAAAGUUGGGCCAUCUCUACGAUUUGGGUUGGCGGAGUAACUGGAUAUCCAUCAUGGGCCCAUCGUGGAUCGGAUGGUUGUUUCCAACUACUGUAACCGAUCAUUCGAUUUCAGGAAAUAACAACGGCAUCAACUUUGAAGUGGACGAAGAUUUGUACAACAAGUAUUGUUACAACGCACAAUUGCAAGACCAGCUUAAUCAGCAGCUUGCAGAGGACGAGUCCUCUGGUAAAGACAGAAAGGAAUUGGAUACGUAA